AUGCACAAAUUUAUGAAUUGGAUUAAUGAUAAAAUUACAGCGUUUGAAGAAUACAUUGCAAGGGACCCUCUAUUUGCUAAACAUGUUGUAGAUUAUUGGAAUGAUUUAAUAGUAAAUAUGCAAAUUGAUGAAAAUAUAUUGAAUGAGCUCACAGAAAUUUUUAUCUUGUUGAACAAUAGGGAUGAAUUUUUAAAUUUAUACAGAAUAGCACUCUCUCAACGAUUGUUGAGUAACACAAAUAAUCUAGAAAUUGAAAAGCAAUCUCUUGCCAAACUGAGAUUGAGAUCUGGAACUCAAUAUACAUUUGAACUAGAUAACAUGCUCUUGGAUGCUACUGAAUCACAAGAAUUUACAAGGGAAUUUAAUAAUAAUAUUACUGUUAUGAUGAUGUCCAGCGUAAACUGGCCUCCAAUAAUUGGUAUUGUUUCUUUAGUAUCAUAA